AUGGGUGCUAUGCAAGUGAAGAAGAAUCCUUACGUGGAAGCCUGGGUUGCUGGACGGGAGACUCUAGAGGAGCGGUUCCGUUUCACCCCGCGGAACAUUCGUACCGCGUUGCUCUUUGGAGUCUUGGUUCCGUACGGCAUCUAUCUGCUCGUUGCGCACGAUAUGGCGGAGUCGAAAAGCACGGAUCGGCCCGAAUGGAAACAUCUCAAGCGAGAGUUUCCUGGCGUUCCCGUCAGAUCCGCUGACUCUGCGCAGCACUCGUAG